AUGCUGCGCCUCGCCGCCUUGACGCCGCCUCUCGCCAAGCGUGCCACGUGGGGCAUGCGCCGCCUCUCGUCGCUGCCCGACGGCGUGACCAAGCUCCUCAUGCCCGCUCUCUCGCCCACGAUGGAGUCCGGUACGAUCGCCGCGUGGCUCAAGAAGGAAGGCGAGAUGGCGAACGCCGGCGACGUUCUUUGCCAGGUCGAGACGGACAAGGCGACCGUCGACUACGAGAUGCAGGACGAGGCCGUCCUCGCCAAGAUCCUCGUUGCCCAAGGCACGUCCGUCGACGUCGGCACACUCUUGGCCUACACGGUCGACGACGAAGAAACGUACGCCGCCCUUCUCAAGAGCGGUGACAUUGCCAAGCUCACUGGCGACGCAGCCGCUGCUCCUGCCCCCGCUGCUGCCACGCCUGUCGCUGCCGCGCCCGCUGCUAUCGCUCCCUCCACGAGCGCGCACCGCGUGCCCCGCAUUCACUUUUUGGGCAAGCGCUCUCUCCUCCCCGCGGCUCACUCUGAGACCAAGCCUGCGCCGAUCGCCGCGCCUGUGGCCGCGCCCGUCGCUGCGCCCGUCGCUAAGGCGGCGCCUGCGGCGGAUGGCCCGUUCACGGAUCUCCCGCUCUCGAACAUGCGCAAGAUCAUCGCCAAGCGCUUGACGGCGUCUAAGGUCACCGUGCCCCACAACUACGCGUCGAUUGACUGCGAGAUCGACGCCAUUAUGAAGCUCCGCAAGCGCCUCAAGAACGACCACGGCGUCGCGGUCUCGCUCAACGACUUCCUCCUCAAGUCCGUCGCCUGCGCGCUUCGCGACGUGCCGGAGGCCAACUGCGGCAUGGACCCGGUCCUGAAGCAGAUCGUCCCGAACUCGUCCGUCGACAUCUCGGUGGCCGUGGCGACGGACACUGGCCUCAUCACGCCCAUUGUGCCCAAGGUCCAGAACCUCGGCCUCGUUGGCAUCAACGGCACCUUCAAGGAGCUCGUGGGCCGCGCCCGCGCCAACAAGCUCAAGCCCGAAGAGUUCCAGGGCGGCAGCUUCACGAUCUCGAACCUUGGAGGCUUUGGCAUCGACUCGUUCACGGCCGUGAUCAACCCGCCGCAGGCGUGCAUCAUGGCGGUCGGCCGUGGCCGCGUCGAGCUCGUGGCGCCGGCGGCUGUCGACGGCGAGCCGCGCAAGGCGACGCUCAUGAACGUGACGCUUUCGUCCGACCGACGAGUCGUCGACGACGUCAUUGCCGGUCAGUUCCUGCAGGCGUUCAAGAAGUACAUGGAGCAGCCCGACUUGUUGCUGUUGUAA